GGGGGUGACAGGCGCAGCCCUCGGGUUUCAGCCCAGCUCACGCCUCCUGCCAGCUUUGCUUGUGCCGCUGAGAGCUCAGGGCUGCUGCCUGGCCAUGAGCACCACGUUUCUGCAGACUUCUUCCUCCACCUUUGGGGGUGGCUCGACCUGGGGGGGUUCCCUCACGGCUGGGGGAGGAGGCUUUGCUGGGGGGAGUCUCUAUGGGGGAGGUGGGAGCCGCAGUAUCUCAGCUUCUUCUGCCAGGUUUGUCUCCUCGGGGUCAGCAGGGGGCUAUGGGGGCGGCUUCAGUGGAGGGGCUGGUAGUGGUUUGGGUGGAGGCUUUGGAGGUGGCCUUGGAGGUGGCCUUGGAGGUGGCUUUGGUGGUGGCUUUGGUGACUUCGGCGGUGACGGCCUCCUCUCUGGCAACGAGAAGCUCACCAUGCAGAACCUCAACGAGCGCCUGGCCUCCUACCUGGAGAAGGUGCGCGCCCUGGAGGAGGCCAACGCUGACCUGGAGGUGAAGAUCCGCGACUGGUACCAGAAGCAACGGCCCACUGAGAUCAAGGACUACAGCCCCUACUUCAAGACCAUAGAAGAACUCCGAGACAAGAUCCUGGCGGCCACCAUCGACAACUCCCGGGUUAUCCUGGAGGUUGACAACGCCAGGUUGGCUGCGGAUGACUUCAGACUCAAGUAUGAGAACGAGCUGGCCCUGCGCCAGAGCGUGGAGGCUGACAUCAACGGCCUGCGCAGGCUGCUGGAUGAGCUGACCCUGGCAAAGAGCGACCUGGAGCUGCAGAUCGAGAGCCUGAACGAGGAGCUGGCCUACCUCCGGAAGAACCACGGGGAGGAGAUGAAGGAGUUCAGCAACCAGCUGGCCGGCCAGGUCAACGUGGAGAUGGACGCGGCACCCGGCGUGGACCUGACCCGCGUGCUGUUGGAGAUGAGGGAGCAGUACGAGGCCAUGGCGGAGAAGAACCGCCGGGAUGCUGAGGCCUGGUUCUUCAGCAAGACGGAGGAGCUGAAUGAGGAGGUGGCCUCCAACACAGAGAUGAUCCAGACCAGCGAGACGGAGAUCGUAGACCUGAGACGCACGAUGCAGGGGCUGGAGAUGGAGCUGCAGUCCCAGCUCAGCAUGAAAGCCGGGCUGGAGAGCACGCUGGCGGAGACCGAGUGCCGCUACGCCCUGCAGCUGCAGCACAUCCAGGGCCUCAUCAGCAGCGUCGAGGCCCAGCUGAGCGAGCUCCGCAGUGAGAUGGAGUGCCAGAACCAGGAGUACAAGAUGCUGCUGGACAUCAAGACGCGGCUGGAGCAGGAGAUCGCCACCUACCGCAGCCUGCUGGAGGGCCAGGACGCCAGGAUGGCUGGCAUUGGUACCAGAGAAGCCUCCCUGGGAGGUGGUGGCAGUGGCAAAGUCCGUAUCAACGUUGAGGAGUCAGUGGAUGGGAAGGUGGUUUCUUCUCGAAAGAGAGACAUCUAAGUGCCCAGCGCAGGAGAGAUACCCCCGUCAUCCCCACCCUCCCCAGGCUGAGUGGACAGCUGGCCGGAGGGACCAGAAAAGCAAACUCCAGGCCCUGCCUUCAGAGGGUCCAGCUCAAGGGGUCCCUCAUCUCCUAGUUGGGUGCUUCACAUGCUUUCCCGGACCCCGCUCCAGCUUUCCCACCUCCCUUAGAGCAGGGAGGUGCAAGAAACAGCUGUAUUGUGUAACAAGCUCAUAGAUUGUACCAUGUCCAUGCAAUAAAGAAUUGCUUUUCCUUUUGCAAAUA